AUGAGGAGUCGAGCACCAAGGCCAGGCCUGCUGGGCGCCCAGGGGAGAAGAAGAAGAAAGACUGGAGAGGAGGGAGGCGAAGACGGAGAGAGGGGAAAAAAACGAGGGAGGGAGGUCAAGAUGGAAGAGGAGAGGAGGGGAGAGAAGCAAGGGAAGGUGGGAGGUAUGAAUGAAGGAAGGGAGGAGAGAGGGAGCAACAGACGGAUUAAAAGGAGAAUGAGGAGGAGGACUGGUGUGCGGGUGAAGAAGAUGAAGAGGAGGAGGAGGAGGAAAGAUGGAGAAGGAGGGGGCGUGCAAAAAGACAGAGAUGGUGAAUAA